AUGCAGAGAAAGGACCUCCUGUGUCCAACAUCAGGGAAUAAGUCCAGGGCAAACCACAUUGCUGCGUUUGGACAUCAGAGGGCAAAGCAACGCGAUCGGAUCUCAUUUAGAUAUCCAAAUCUUCACAGCUCCAUCAUGGCCGAUGCUAUUGAAUCAAAGAUCAAGAACUACAGAACCGCCCCGUUUGACUCGAGGUUCCCCAACACGAACCAGACCCGUAACUGUUUCCAAAACUACCUUGACUUUCAUAGGUGCAACAAGGCCCUGUCAGAAAAGGACCAGGACACAUCUCCCUGUGACUGGUACCAGAGGGUGUACAAGAGCAUCUGCCCCUCAGUAUGGGUGAAUAACUGGGAUGAAGGUAUCGAGGGCGGCAGUUUUGCUGGAAGAGUUUAA